AUGACAGAGAUGCCUCCUUAUCUCGCAGUAAACGAUGAAGAUAGUGAUCAUACCGAUAGUGAUUCUUCUGACUUUGAGGACCAUCUACCUUUAUGUUUUAAUCAACCUCGGCAUACAGACCCCAUAAAGGGCGUUGAACGUGAGGAGCACACUUGGAGAGUAAAGGAAAAGUACAAAACCCACUGUGUAGCCCUAGUUUUGUGUCUCAAUGUUGGUGUGGAUCCUCCAGAUGUCGUCAAGACCCAGCCUUGUGCUCGCUUAGAGUGCUGGAUAGACCCAAACUCGCUCUCUCCAAGCAAGGCUUUAGAAUCUAUUGGACACGCUCUGCAAACACAAUAUGAGCGAUGGCAGCCACGGGCUCGUUACAAGCAGUCACUUGACCCCACCAGCGAUGAAAUCAAGAAACUGUGCUGCUCUCUGCGUCGCAACGCGAAGGAGGAGCGAGUGCUCUUCCACUACAACGGCCACGGCGUGCCCAAGCCCACUUCUCAGGGGGAGAUAUGGGUGUUCAACAAGGCGUACACGCAGUACAUCCCGCUGUCCAUGUACGACCUGCAGUCGUGGAUGGGCGCGCCCUCGCUGUACGUGUACGACUGCUCCAAUGCCGGCGUCAUCGUCGACAACUUCAAGCAGUUCGCCGAGCAGCACGAGCGCGAGCACGAGCCCGCGGCCGGCCCUCCCGUCUCCUACCGCAACUGCAUACAGCUGGCGGCGUGUGCGGCCGGCCAGACGCUGCCCAUGUCGCCCGAUCUACCCGCCGAUCUCUUCACCGCCUGUCUCACCACACCCGUCAAGAUGGCCAUGAAGUGGUUCGUGCUGCGCAGCCGCCUGCGCUCGGCCACCGCCGACCUCGUCGACCUCAUCGAUAAGAUCCCGGGGCAGGUGACGGACCGGCGCACCAUGCUAGGCGAGCUCAACUGGAUCUUCACGGCCAUCACGGACACGAUCGCCUGGAGCUCGCUGCCGGGCGAUCUGUUCCAGCAACUGUUUCGCGCCGACCUGCUGACGGCCAGCCUGUGCCGGAACUUUCUGCUCGCCGACCGCAUCAUGCGCUCCUACAACUGCACCCCGGUGGCCAGCCCCGCGCUGCCUUCGCUGGCGCGCCAUCCGCUGUGGGCCGCCUGGGAGCACACGCUAGACCUGGCGCUGGCGCAGCUGCCGGCGCUGUUGGGAGAUCGGCCGCCGCCCUUCCGCCACUCGCCCUUCUUCCGCGACCAGCUCACCGCCUUCCAGCUGUGGCUGGAUCUCGGCGAGGGCGCCGCGGGCCGCGCCCCGCCCGAACAGCUGCCCAUGGUGCUGCAGGUUCUGCUGAGCACGCUACAUCGCGUGCGCGCGCUGCACAUUCUGUGCCGCUUCCUGGCGCUGGGCGAGUGGGCGGUGCGCGCCGUGCUGGCCGUCGGCAUCUUCCCCUACAUGCUGAAGCUGCUGCAGGCGUCGGCGCCCGACCUGCGCCCCGCCAUGCUCUACAUCUGGGCUCGUAUCGUCGCCGUGGACCCGAGUUGUCAAGCGGACCUGGUGAACGCGAAGGGCCACAAAUACUUCCUGGCGAUCCUGCAGGACCCCGCCGUGAACAGCGAGCACCGCACCCUGGCCGCCUUCGUGCUGGCCGGCAUCGUCGACCGGCACCCCGCCGGCCAGGAGGCGGCGCUGCAGGGCUCCAUGAUUCCCGCCUGCCUCGAGCAAGUGAGCGACGGCGAGGGCGGCGCCGGCGUGCUCGAGCAGUGGGCGUGCAUCGCGCUGGGACGCUUGUGGCGCGGCUGCGAGGCGGCCCGCGGGGCCGCCGCCCGCGACCUCGCGCACGAGAAGCUGGCCGCGCUGCUCACGCACCCGCGCGUGGAGACGCGCGCCGCCUGCGCGUACGCCCUCGGCUGUCUCGUCGGCGCCGCUCCUCUCGCGCCGCGCACCGACCACGCCAACGCGCUCGACCACCAGGUGGCGGUGCUGCUGGCCGCGCGCCUCUCCGCCGACGCUUCGCCGCUCGUGCGCGCCGAGAUCCUCGCCGCGCUGCAGUGGCUCGUGCUGAUCUUCGAGCAACACUUCAUCGCGGUCUACCUGCAGGAGCGGAUGCGGAGAAGCGAUAAGAGCGGGCGUGGCGGCGCGCAAGUGGAGGCGGGCUGCGAGGCGCUGGCCGGCCCACCUCCCCGCGGCCCCCGCGGCUCUCAACCCGCGCACCACUCGCUGUCGCUGCCCACGAUCGGCUUCGGCUCCGUCUACAUGAAGCUGUGGAGCAGCGUGUGCGCCAUGUGCCGCGAACCGCACCCCUCAUUGGCGCAGAUGGCCGACGACAUCGUGGGCCACGUGGCCGACCAGGUGGACAGCGUGGGCCGCGACGCGGAGCGUGUCUCGAGCGGCGGCUCCAGCUCGCUGCCCCCGUCGCCCAACGCGCGGCCCUCCGCCGCGCCGUCCGCGGGCACCCUCCCCCUCGGUCGUCGACGAGGCCGCUCCGGGCUGCCGCACGCCACUUCGGAGGAUUCCUUCUCCUUGUCGGCGGGUCAGAGCGCGAAGAGACCCAUCGUGAGCACGCAGUUCGUGGAGUGGGCGACGGCCCGCUUCGGGCGAGGCGAGGCGGAGGCGGACGAGGACGGCGACGUCGAGUGCCGAGCUCACCACGAGCGCGUGUGGCGGCGCAGGCGCAACGCCAACAUCCGCCGAGAGGCGAAAGGGCUGCGCUCGGCGCGCGUGACGCGGCUCGACACGCAGGCCUUCCACUCGCGCUGCCCGCUGCCGCCGGCCGUGGUGCUCUUCCAUCCCUACGAGCAGCACGCCGCCGUCGCCUCCAAGGACAACUUCGGGAUCUGGGACUGGGGCACGGCGGCCAAGCUGUGCGUGGGCACUUGGCGCCGCGCCUGGGGCCGCAUCACGUCGCUGGCCUACAUCGACGCCCACCACGGCGCCGCGUUGGCCGUGGCCGGCCACCAGGGCAACCUCGCCGUCUACCGGCCCUCCGGGGGCGGCGCGGAGCCCCGCCUGCUGACCGCGUGGCGCGCGCUGGACGUGCGGCCCGCGCCCGACUACCGACCGCCGCCCGCGCAGCCGCUCUACAACGGCGCGGGCGGCGCCAGUUCCUGGUCGGCGCCGCCGCCGGGGACGCUGGUGCGCUGGUGCUCGCGACGGUGCAGUUUGGCGCUGGCCGGCCCCGCGCCCACGCUGCGGCUGUGGGACGCCCUCGCCGAGAUGCUGCACGCCGACAUCGACACCGGCGUCGAGUGCGCCGCGACGAGCCUGUGGCGCGGCGGAUGGCGGAUCGUGUGCGGCUUCGCGGACGGUUCGGUGCGCGCGUGGGACGAGCGCACGCCGGAGCCGAUCUACACGCUGCGCGAGCACGCGGCGCCCGUUCUGGCCGCCGUCCCGCGCUCCGAUCGGAACGCGCUCGUGACCGGAUGCGUGGAGGGCGUCGUGCGCGUGUACGACGAGCGCAAGGUGGGGACGAGGGCCGCGGCGCUGCGCGAGGUGCGCGCGCCGGGUCCGCUGGCGGCGCUGGCCGUGCACGAGCGUGCGCCGCUGUUGGCCGCCGGCUCCGUGAACCAGUGCAUCAGCAUCUACGACCUGCGCGGCGCGCACCUCAACACCAUCAAGUUCCACGAGGGCUUCAUGGGGCCGCGCAUCGGGCCCGUGUCGUGCCUGGCCUUCCACCCGCUGAGGUGCGCGAUGGGCGUGGGCUCCAAGGACUCCACCGUGUCCGUGUACCAGGCGGAGGCGCGUCGGUGA